AAAUAUGUCAGUGGGACUGUGGAAUGUGGAUGUUGUAAAGUGUAAAGUAAAGUAAAAGUAAAUAUUUUCAAAGCUUGCCUAACCUAAUAGUCUUAGUCUUAUCUUUUCUAAAAAUAAGAAAUAAAUAGAACCCAAAACUAAAUAGAAUUUUUUACCAUAAAUGUUGACAAUUUGAAAAUUAAAAUGUAUUCCCUGAUUUACGGGUUUUAUAAAUACAUGGUUCAAAAAGAUGAAUAUUGUGUCCUGAUUUUAGGAUUAGACAAUGCUGGAAAAACUACUUAUUUAGAAGCUGCUAAAACCAAACUUACAAAGAAUUAUAAAGGUAUCAAUCCUUCUAAGAUUACUACAACUGUUGGCCUUAAUAUUGGAAAAAUUUAUGUUAGUGGAGUUCAGUUAAAUUUUUGGGAUCUUGGUGGUCAAAGUGAAUUACAAUCUUUGUGGGACAAGUAUUAUGAAGAAUCCCAUGCCAUAAUUUACAUAGUAGAUUCCUCUGACAGAGAAAGGAUAGAUGACUCUAAAGAAAUUUUUGAUAAAAUGAUAGCAAAUGAAAAUCUUCAAGGAGUUCCUUUACUAGUAUUAGCAAAUAAGCAAGACCUUCCUGAAUGUAUGGGAGUACGGGAAGUUAAACCUAUAUUUAAUAAGAAUGCACAUUUAAUAGGGAAAAGGGAUUGUAUGGUGAUGCCUAUUUCAGCCUUAACAGGGGAGGGUGUAGAUGAAGGCAUAAGGUGGCUAGUGGACUGUAUCAAAAGGAAUUCAUUUACCAGACCUCCAAGAAAUAGUGAUGAAACUUGAUGACAUUCUAUGUAAUUUGUAAAUAAGAACUGCAAUAACAAGAAAUGUGUUUUAGUGAAGUGGCAGGUUUAACAAAGUGUCAAUAAAGUUGCACAGUGCAAUCAUUAUUUUAUAAAAUGUAAAUUUCACUUCAAAUUUAACUCUAUUUUCUUUUUA